CGCCUUCCAGUGAUCAAGAUCUAGCCGGAGCUGUUUCGCCUUCUACUGAGUCCUGACAGGAGCACUUGAAGUCAAGAAAAUAAUUGUAUUUUUGAACAAGUUUCAAACAACCGUAAAAAAGUGAAAAUGAAAUACGUGAUCGUGCUCGUUGCUGCCAUCGCUGCUGCCUCUGCUCAGAUUCGCCCUCUACCGAUUCGACCAGUCCCAUUCGGUGGCCCCGAAGCAGGAGCAGUUAUCCUGAACCAAGUGUACGAGCCCAACCCAGACGGCUCGUACAUCUACAGCUAUGAAACCAGCAACGGAAUCCGUGCCGAUCAGCGUGGCUUCCUGAAGAACCCCGGAACCCCAGGAGAGGCCCAGGUCAUGCAGGGAUCCUACUCGUACACCGGUCCGGACGGCGUGGUCUACACCAUUAACUACAUCGCCGACGAGAAUGGCUACCGUGCGGAAGGCGCUCACAUUCCAUCCGCCCCGCGGUACAACCCAGCCCCACGCUUCCCAGCUCCAUUCCAGUAAGCGAAUCAAAGCAGGACGGCCUUCCAAGCGCCAGUUACUUAGUUAUGAUAUUUAUUUGUAAAGUGCGACUAAGCAAGCAAAAGUUCACUUUGCUCUCUACUUCUGCUUAUGUACCUACCUACAACAAAAUCAACAAUAUUUCCGUUAGUGCAAAAACAAUUUCCAACAGCGCUAAGGCGCGUACCGUACUCAUCAUCCGUCGGUCUGUGAAUAGUUUAGUGUGCUUGCUUCGUUUAUCGAAAUCAUUCUAUCUCAACGUAAUAUUUCAUUCAUUCCGCUGCUCACCUUCGUCGACUAUUCGCUCUCUAUGGGAAAACUAUACAAUCCCAAGCUGCAAACAAUUACUCCUCCUUCCGAGACGCGCGAUCUCGCGGAUGCCCGCCCGCGACACGAUGAAGACGCAAUCGCAAGACCAACCUUCCCACCCUACCCCAUUUCAAUUCCAGCCAGUGGUUUCGUAUUCUAGAUCCCGCACUCGGAGCUCUCUGCCAUUUUCCUUUCGCAACACCACUCAAACUCACAUGUUUGCUUCUAUCAUUCUGCUAAUAUAAUUUAUUUCCCGUCCGUACUGCCCACUGCACAAAAACACCGUGAACUUCUCCUCAUUCUUGAUUUGUACUGUAAAUAAAUAUAAAUAACAGCUCAUAAUGAUAAUUGUAAUUAUACUCUUUACAAGCGAUUAUUCGUAAGUUGUGUAUACAAGCCCCCCGUUAGAACGGCAAUUUUGUAAUCUUUGUUGUGUGAAAUAAAAGCCCGCAAUCGCCU